CCGGGAUCCCGAAAAGAUGAAGCUCUUAACGCACAAUAUGCUCACUUCACACGUGCGGGGCGUCCGGCCCGGUGGGGGUUUCCCCCUUCGUAUCGAGGCCACGGAGGUGAAGGUGAACAACGUGGAUUUCAACCAGCAGUUCACCGCGCGAAUGGUGCCCAAAGUGGAGUGGGGGGCCUUGGUGGAGGCAGCCGAGAGUUUGGGUCACCGGUCUGAUCUGCCCUCUGAGCCCAUCCCUGACUAUGAGAGUAACGAGGAUUUUCUUCGAAAAGUACAUCAUGUGCUGAUGGAGGUGGAAGUGGUUGAGGGCGUGCUGAAAUGUCCAGACACUGGCCGGGAGUUCCCCGUCACUAAAGGCAUACCCAACAUGUUGCUGAGCGAAGAGGAGACAUGAGGGAGUUCUUUCUUGCAAAGAAAGUUCAAGGGGGGUGG